GUCUUGAAAGUGCGUCAUGGAAGUCGAGACGGCCGGCCGUGCCAUGCUGUGCUUUCCUGAAGAUGGACAUUGGUUCCAGGGGUACUUCGCUUAUGAAGCUAGGAACAGAGAUGAUGAUGAGAAGCAUACUGUGACGCUUGGUCUCUUUGGCGAGGAAGUUCCUGUUGACGACUGUGUGCGCUGUUGUCACGGAGGGUAUCGCGAGUACGAAUUGACUGUGAUCAACUACGAAACCAACGAGGAAGCCAAGACGAGUGUGCAAAAGACUGGAGGGGACUUCUGCACGAUCCAACUUACGGACGAAGCACGGCAAGGCGCGCCUUCGACGGGAGCUUACGUACAAUUUGAAACAUCGUCGAUGCUGACGGAUGAAAACGCGGUCACGUCGAUUCGCGAGGCCUUUCCAUCCAUCUCGUCGCAGUGUCCCAACGAUGUCGAGCUGCGAUCAUGCAUCGUGUGCGUCGGCGAGAUGUCGCUUGGCAUCGCCAAGGACUUUGCCAACGUCUUCUUCCACAUUCCCCAACGAGGCGACGCCAGCACGACGACCCUCCGCCGUCAACGCGAUCAAUAAUGCACCUUUACUGAUA